CGCGGACGUGGAACGGCAGCAUGCGGCUUUGAGGAGGGCGGAGGAGGAAGAAGCACUAGUUGAUACCUUCACAUUGCUACUGCAGCAGAAUGACCCAGAACUCGAGUUCAGUCGAGCGCCGAGUAUUACACGGGCUCGUCUUCUGUGGCGUUACAGGAGCGGCCCCUCUGACAAAUGGCUCCCGCUGUCGCUGUACCUGCAGAAGAGGAGACCGAGGCACACGGCGCGGGGACGACGGUUUUUUCGAGCGAAUGUGCGCAAUUCUGACGCGUUUCUGAAACUGGAACCCGAUGCUGAAGAAUGGAGCCCGACCUUGUUCGUUGGUUAUUCGUCUGUUGAAUGCACCAGCACCCCUUCAACUCACGUGGCGGCUGCCGAACCAAUGCGCGCUCCGCUGGACCAUGGUGGAACUGAUCGUGGAUCUGCUACUAGUUCGACGGGGGCUGAUUGUGCCACGAAUAGGCGCGUGACUUUUUCUGUCUUCACGCGAGACGACGGCUGCCGGGAGCACAUCUGUGCGUCAGACCCGUAUCGAAUUCUUUUGGGCGUUCCGAUGGAGAGCGAGCGCACAUUGGAGCAGGUCGUGGCGUAUCUUCGCUCGUUGUGGAGUGUAGAGAAGGCUCAGCACCCUACCGCCAUCUACGAGAAAAUCGUGCACCACGGUCGUGAUCGUCUUGUUUUUCGCGCUCUGCGGGAGUUGGACGAGAGGGUGUAUCAGCGCUGUGGGCUUCGUCUGACAGCCUCCCGGCGAACCGGGUACUUGCGCAACAUCUUUCGGAUUGUAGGCAGCAACAAGACCGUGCUGCACCGUGUUGCCUCGCCAACGCCGCGUCACGAGGCAAGUCUGGUCGUGAGUCUCUCAAAAUAUGGGGGCAGCGGCGUACAGAUGCCCAUGUUCGAGUGCGACCUUCCGGAUUUUCUAGUCGUGUAUCAUUUCCGCGAAUACGAUGGCGGGAAAGCAUGUUGUGAUUAUGCAGAGCAGCAGUCAAGAAACUCACUGCGUGGCGUUUGGAUCAUACCGCGAAUUGAGCUGGACUACUGGUUUCGAGAUGG